AUUUAUCUUUGCCAUAAAACCUAUUAGUUAAGAAUAGUAUGGUGAUUCAGCUUGACUCAUUGUUUGAUUAACUCAUCCGUCUCCGGAUCAUUUACCAUGUGGUUUGGAGCGCGUAACGGGGGCACGUGCGUUCGCUUAUGCUUUGCUCCACAGGAGCGCACUGCCUUCGCCUGAGACAGAAGUCUGUCCGCAGAGCUCUGCCAUCUGAAGUUUAUCACUGCCUUUGCUUGGGAAUUUCGUUUCGGACAUAAACGGGAGUAUCAUAUAGAGGAGCAUUGAUUUAGUAAGCCGGACGUGUCAAUUCUGCGUCCUUUUGCAAUAGUAGAACAUCAGCAUUGGGAAUAUGCGUCUGUCCACCCGAAACCACCACGAGUAAAACGGUUCCUACGGAAACCUGGGGUUUAGUUCCCCUCCUGAGUGGAAUAGAGAACUUUUCCCUCUGUAUAUGAGGCUUUGGAUUAUUUAGACAGGAAAAAGAAUCAUGGUCCGACAAACGCUGGAUACAAUUUGGGAUUUUUAAGGUCAUAGAGCGUUUAGAGCAGCAUCGGUAUUUUAAGAGGACUAAGCAGAAUACAGUAAUUUGGAGGGAACAUAUGACAGCACGAGCGGCUUCCUUUAACGCACGCGGACUCCCUAUCAGAAACAGAAACAUGUAUAUCUAUAUCUACGGCUUUCUGCUCUUUUUAGAUGAGCUAGUGUUCUCCAUGUCGGGCUCUUCCGCUCUCUCUGAGUCUGGGCACCAAGACUCAAUGGACUGUUUAAGAGCCACCGAGAAGUGUAACCAGGACCAAAAAUGCAGCCAUCGCUUCAGGAUCAUGAGGCAGUGUCUGGCAGGCAAGGACAGGAACACCAUGUUGGCCAAUAGGGAUUGCCAGGUAGCCCUGGAAGUGUUGCAGGAGAUGGAUCUGUUCGACUGCCGCUGCAAGAGGGGAAUGAAGAAGGAAAUGCAGUGUCUGCAGAGUUACUGGAGCAUCAACAUAGGCCUGACUGAAGGUGAGGAUUUUUAUGAGCCAUCUCCUUAUGAACCCAUGACGCCUCAUCGACAUUCAGAUGCAUUUCGCCUGGCGUCAAUCAUCUCAGGCAUACAUUCCGGCACAAGUAAAGGCCAGCCACACUGCUCAGAUCCCAGCCGCCCAUGCAACCCUUGUCUGGACGCCACCAAAGCCUGCAACCUCAAUGAAAACUGCAAGCGUCAGCGCUCCAACUACAUCUCCACCUGCACCCGUGCGCAGACUCAGGGCCAGCAACCCUCACAGUCUCAGUCACAGGACAGCUGCAACAGAAAGCGCUGCCAUAAAGCCUUGCGUCAGUUCUUUGAGCGCGUUGACACGCAAUACACCUACGGGCUUCUCUUCUGCUCCUGCAAGGACCAGGCCUGUGCUGAGAGGAGGAGACAGACCAUUGUACCCUCUUGCUCAUACCUAGACAAGAGCAAACCCAACUGUCUUCAGUUGCGCAACACCUGCCGCAUGGAUGCAUUAUGCAGGUCACGACUGGCUGAUUUCCACACAAACUGUCAGAUGACCCAUCACUCCAUCAGCAGCUGCCUCAACGAUGACUACCAGGCCUGCCUUGUGUCUUACACCAGACUCAUUGGUACGGACAUGACUCCUAACUACAUGGACUCAGGUCACUCAAACUUCACCAUCUCCCCCUGGUGUUCCUGCAAAGGCAGCGGGAAUCAGGAAGAGGAAUGUGAGAAGUUUCUACAGGACUUCAUGGAAAACACCUGUCUCCGAAAUGCCAUCCAGGCCUUUGGCUAUGGGUCGCUACCCAAGCCUGAUCCUCAGCCUUCUACAGGCUCAGUGAAGCCUGAUCUUGAGCCCACUGCCAGUGUCCCUAAAACAACCAUGGAAACUGGGGAGGAUCCCUGCAUCAUAUCGUCCUGUCCGAAUUUAAACUGUAAACAAUCAAGGCAAGUGUGAGAGUUCUAAUGCAAAGAGAUGAGUUGUGAAUGAGUAGAAGAGAAAUGGAGGGAGAUGUUGAAAAGCAAAGGGAAGAGAUGGGGCAUUAGCAGAGCUGUGAACAGAGAUCUGGGCUGAUGUCAACAGGCAGCUGACACACAUCACCGCUCUCGCUAAUUAAUUGGCUUUUAGUCACUGUCCUCUGUUUCUCUCACCCCCACCAACAUCCUCGCCUGUCAACACACAAUUUCUGUCCCCUCCUCCGUCUCCCGCUCUGUCUCUCUUUCGCUCUCGCUCUCUUUGCCAGCUGCAGUUCUGGCAGUUCUAGCUUUUGCCUAAGCCUGCAUCUAAUUAUGCAUGUUUACACAGGAGAUGCUGAAAGUUCACUGCAUGAGCUAACGCUAAUUCAACACAAUCACUUUAUUCAUACAUCAGGUGAAAUGACACAUAAAACAAAAGAAAGAGACAUACCAUACACAAACAUAGAUACAUAAUUAAAUAUUGGUUACUGUAGUUGUAUUUCCUUCGCCGAAACUCACUUUUAACUGAUUUGCGGCUACGGGCAUGAAGAGGAAGAUAUAGACAUAAUGGGGUGAAUUCACUAAGAUUGAAUUGCACCUACCGAUGGUGUUGUUUAUUUGCACGGGUUGUUUUAGCACCCUAUUCGCUUAAUGAAUUAUGCAAAUCAGGCAGUGGUGCAAAACACUGCAAAAACAUCUCUGUGCUGAAUACAAUCGGCACGGCACAAUUCCAUGUCAUGAAAUCUUGCAAGCC